CUCAAAUAAGAUUGACUAGUAUAGUUCACCGUUUCCAGUAGAUGACUUGUUAAUAUCGACCCAAACUGUCGAUCCUUAUUAAUUCCUGCGAUCCAAAACAGAAAAUCCUGCCAGCUAAGCUCAGCCAAGUCUCUUCAUUUCUGACUCUGCAUCUUCCCUGUUCUUCUGUACACAGAAUCAUGAUAUUCCUAUUCCUCCUCUUGGCUCUAAGCCCAGUCUACGCCAUCUUCACCGGCGUACCCGUCCGAUCCAGCAAUGAAUACCCAUAUCUGGUAUCUAUCCGAACAGCAGACGGCCAUCGCUGCGGUGGAAUCCUGGCCAGUCCGAAUCGCGUCGUGACAGCUGUUGUGUCAUGUGUGGAUGGCCUCAAAGCAGAAGAUAUCAGCAUCCGCGGCAUUGCGCCGACAUCGACCAGUGCUUCGCCGAAAGCAGAUGUCGAUGUCAAGUCUGUCCAGAUCCAUCCAGAAUACAACCGAGAUAACGGAGGCAUCUACAACAAUAUUGCCGUUCUCUAUCUCUCCACCAACUUGUUACUACCUACGCCCAAACUCGCCGCACAAGGAAGUUCACCACCCAUCGGCAGCGGCGUCAUGUUAGUCGGCUACGGCGCAUCACGUCCAGACCAAGGACCCGGCCCACAGCAUCUGAUGAAAGUCAUCGAACCAGUGCGUCCAAUCGAGCUCUGCCAACAGCAAUGGGGCGGCCAGAUCCAGGUUGACGGCACGCAAAACUUCUGCUCCGGUCGGCCGGGGAUCGGAUCGUGUAUGGGCGAUCAGGGAGGGCCAGUCGUUGAUUUACAGGGCACUGUGGUGGGCAUUAUUGGGUAUAUGCCGUGCGGGAAUGGGGGGUAUUCGGAUGUGAAUGUUCGGAUUGGCGAGUAUGCGACGUGGAUUCAGAGCCAUGGCGUGAAUGGCUAUACAUUUGUUUGAUUGUAUGGUGAUGUAUUAUAGAUUAUGAAUUAUGAUGAUAGAUAGCCAAGGAAUCCUUCUCAUCGCCACAUGUAGCUGCAGUCAGCAGAAAAGCGUUGCCUAACUCAGCCUUGCGAUGGCGGAUGGAUGAAGAUCACUUCCUGAUGUAGAAUAUGGAUACUCUGAUCGACUAUCAGAUUGGUGGGUGACUGGAUGGGGUAUACGAGAGCGAGCAUAUACCCGUAGUAGUUAUCCUCGGAGAAGGCUGAAGUGCGGAGUAAUACCGAUAUUACGAUAUAAAAUGCUUUUCCCGGACAGUAAGCAUUAAACCA